CAAAACGGACGGCCUCUUCUCGCUCUCUCCGCCCCCUCCCAUCUCAAGUCCCCACCCAUAAAACCCCCUCUCCGGCCUCCACCGCCUCUCGCCGAAGCCCCGACUUGUUUUUUUUUCCUCCCCUCGCCCCCCUUCUCUCUCUUCUUCGAAAUGGAAGCCUCCGCGAUGGCGAGAUCGCUCCUCUCUGCGCCUCCGCUUCACUCCAAUCCGUCCCUCUCUCGCCAUGGCUCCAAUCCGGACCUCCUCUCCUUUCCUUCCCCCAAAUCUCAGCCAAGGAAUGCUCUUCCUCCUGUUCUAUCGCUCUCAAACCCUAAAUCCCCCGCUCGGACGCUCGGAAUGGAGAGGCGGAGCCACUUGCCGACUCGCUGCUCCGUCGAUAGCGCGGUGAAGACGGAAGAAGAAGUCCCGAUCGAGAAGAGGUUUCCGCCUUUUCCGACGGUUUUGGACAUCAACCAGAUCCGUGAUAUUUUGCCACAUCGGUUCCCGUUUCUUCUAGUGGAUAGAGUGGUCGAGUACCAGGCUGGAGUUACUGCUGUUGGCAUCAAGAAUGUCACGAUCAAUGAUAACUUCUUUCCUGGUCACUUCCCGGAGCGCCCAAUAAUGCCAGGUGUUCUCAUGGUUGAGGCCAUGGCCCAAGUUGGUGGUCUAGUAAUGCUGCAACCCGAAGUGGGUGGCUCUCGUGACAAUUUCUUCUUUGCCGGGAUCGACAAAGUGAGGUUUCGGAAGCCUGUGAUCGCAGGGGACACCUUAGUUAUGAGGAUGACACUGGUCAAACUGCAAAAACGCUUUGGGAUAGCGAAGAUGGAAGGGAAGGCAUAUGUUGGUGGUGAUUUGGUAUGCGAGGGUGAAUUUCUGAUGGCCACUGGAAGCGAAUGAUGCAUGCAUGAGGCAAUGAUUUACAUAUGAUCUGCCUUACAUCUUUCUGAGCUAUAAAAGAGUUGUUUUAAUUGUGUUAUAAUCAAAUUUCUUUGCUGCUUCUGGUCUGCAUCGAUUACUGUCUGAUGUAUGUUAGGCUUAUUCUUCAGAAUAACCUAGUUGUCAAUUGUAAUCCAUCACGACUGUGACUUUUCCUGGAUGGUCUGCUUUGGCCAAGUCUUCCUUACUAUAGGUAUCUGAGAAUGUUCAAAAUUUGCAAAUCUUCUUGCAAUGGUCCCAUUGAUAUUUAUCUUGCAA